UCCUGCAUUCUUUCAUUCAUUCCGCUAGCUGAAAACUUAUCUCGUAAGUAAGGACUUACGAGCGGAUGUAGCUAGGAAGGGGACGAAAGAAGCCCAAAUGUUUCCUUCUCUCCGAAGACAUGCAAUGGCGCCGCGCCCUAUUUAUUCAGAUGCUACGCACCCCUCCACCUUCCCUUUUGGCCCUUCCGGAGAUGGAAAUGGAGACGUUCUACGAGGGGUGGGUGGCGGAGCAGGAGCGGAUCCUGGAGUUGCUCGUCGCGGCGCCCCGCGAUCGCCCCGACCUGCACGUCCCGCUCGUCGCCCGCGCCCUCGCGCACUACGACGGCUACCGCCUCCGCCGCUCCCGGGUCGCGGACCGCGACGUGCUCCGCGCGUUCGACCCGCGCUGGCUGACCCCGCUCGAGCGCUCCUUCAUCUGGAUCGCCGGAUGGAAGCCCGCGCUCGCCUUCCGCUUCGUCCCCCGCGACGGCGGCGUCGACGACGAGGCGGGGGGGAGGGCGGCGGUGGAGGAGCUGCGGAGGGAGGUGGCGGAGGAGGAGCGGGCGCUGGCAGCAGCGAUGGCGAGGGUGCAGGAGGGGCUGGCGGCGCCGGCGGUGGUGGAGGCGGUGCGGCGCCCCGGGAGGAACGGCGAGGAGAGGGCCAACGCCGCCGCGGCGGUGGAGGACUCGCUGCGGAGGCUCCUCGACGCCGCCGACGCUCUGCGGGCGCGCACGGUGCGGACCAUCGUCGACGUCCUGCAGCCCUGGGAGGCGGUGCGGUUCCUCGCCGCCGCCGCGCAGUUCCACCUCGGCCUCCGCCGCGCGGGCCUGCAGCAGCGCUACAACGAGACAAGGAGGGCCGCCGUCGGAUAAAAAGAUAAAUAGAUAAAAGCUAGCCGGUAGGUAUUAUUGUCUAUCGUACGCGAGUGAGUGUCUUAGACGCGUGGUCCUAGUCAUAAAUAGUGUUUUGAGUCUGAGUGAGCGAGGAGCGAGCGAGUGUCUACGCGCUUCACGCUCCAGCAGGAGAAUAAAUAAAUGAUCAUGACUAGUCGGUUAUUAGGUUAGUAAUCUCUGGGUCUGUCAUUCUCUACCAGUCUAUUGUGUCGUCGUCUCGGGCUUUGUUUGUUUUAGUAGAAUUUUUUAAGAAAAAGAGUCUUCGUCUGUCA